AUAAUGUACUGUAUAUUGUGUUGCAGGUGCUUGAUAAUGUACAGUACAUUGUGUUGCAGGUGUGUGAUGCUCUCUAGUGGAUGAGAGCCCGUAGCCCUGCUAUACGUUGGAGGAUGUCUGCGUCUGACUCCGAUUACUCAAUAGACUACCUGGCCAGCGACAGUGAGGAUAAUGACAACGACAGUGGCGUGGGACUGAGCCCCGACGGACACACAGUCGACAGUGCCAGGACGGCACCUUCGUCCUCCUUACCCCCACCCUCAUCAUCAUCAUCAUCAUCAUUAAGGGACUCUCCCAGUAACACCGACUGUGGUUCUUCGAAGGACGGGAUCUCUAGGCUAAACAGGAAUUCCAACCAUGAGGACCCCCAUAGGCUGAGCAGUGACACGGGAGAUUUCGGGGACUCUGGCCUCAGUAGGGAUGGGUACAGUGAUAAUUCCAACGAUGUUGACCCUCGACUGAGCAGCAGGGACAGAGAUUCUAGUUGUGGCGGCACCCCUCCAGCCACCUACGAGGGGGGCCGCUGCCCCAGUGAGACCCAGAGAUAUAGCUGGCCCACUGAGGCCAGUGAGACGCAGGAAUAUAGUCCUACUGUGUAUGGUCAGCAGCAGCAGAGACUGUCAUGGAGCCCGACGUCCUCCUCUCAAGCCUGGGAUAGAAGCAGCAGACCGAGACAGUCAUGGAGCCCGACGUCCUCCUCUCAAGCCUGGGAUAGAAGCAGCAGACCGAGACAGUCAUGGAGCCCGACGUCCUCCUCUCAAGCCUGGGAUAGAAGCAGUAGACCGAGACAGUCAUGGAGCCCGACGUCCUCCUCUCAAACCUGGGAUAGAAGCAGCGGACAGAGUGGCACUGAGAAGCCUGGGCAGGGCAGGAAGAGGGCACACGGCCAUGGAUGGCACCCAGGAGACCAGUAUGAAGGCUGUAGGAACAGAGACACACCGAAACCUGGGGAGCCUGAGAAGGAUCAGCUGUUUGCCCAGAAGUGUAUGGAGCUCCAGCGCUACCUCCAUCCCCUGUCUUCCAUCCUGGGAGGCCUGCGCUCUGGGAGGUACUCAGAACGUCUUAGCAGUUUCCAGGAGAGCGUUGCUAUGGACCGGAUCCAGAGAAUAAUGGGAGUCCUCCAGAACCCAAACAUGGGUGAGCGCUACAUCAGUGUCAUCCUGAAGAUGGAAGCGAUGCUCCAUAGCUGGUUUCCUCAAGUCAGAGCCCGCCGAGACCCAGACCCAGACCAGCACACUGACAGCCAGGAAGAGCACCACACUCCAGCUAAGAGACACAAGCAGUGCCAUGCCCCAGCCCAUCCACCCCCUCCAGCCUCUCCUCCCAUCGUCUCCCCUCCAGAGGGUGACCACCACCCAGCCCUGCGAGCCUCCGACGGACCUCUACCUGGCUCCUUCCCUUACUCCUCUGCCACUCAUCUCAAAUGUCUCCACACUGCCCUCAUCUGCUCCUCCAAGACAGAGACAGAGACAGCCCAGCAAGAGCCACCGGGCCUGGGCAGGCCCUCCACCGCCUGCUCCCUGGGAUCCAACCGCCCAGCCGACGACCAGGAACAGACCCAAGACGACGCGGUGUCCUCCAGCACCGACCCCCAGGGGAGCCCUGUGGACUCCCACCUCCAGACCCACCCCUACAGAGUCAGACCCCGAGCCCAUCGACGAGGGCCUCCGUCGGGGAAGAUCAGCUCACCCUGCCUGGAGAGGCUGCUCCAGUCCAAGGAGAGCAUCAUCGCACCCAGAAACACGGGAGGUGAUAGUCCUGGUGGUGGUGGUGGGGAGAGCAGCCGCUCGUAACAGCUGGACCCAGACAUGGUCCAUGGAGGAGAUAAGGACUGAUCUGGGUACAGAGUUGACCCGGGAGAGACACAGCUGUAUCUUUCCACAACAGGCUCUCCAAUACAGCAGAGGGCAAAGGUCGGUGUCUGAGCGGGGCGCGACAGUGGCUGUCUCUUUAAGAGCUGUGCGUCAUGUGAUCCAUUAUGUGAUCAUACUAGCUGCAGUAAAACACUGAGACAUGGAGGACAGGAUAUAUAUUAUAGACCUGCAGUAAGACACUGAGACAUGGAGAAGAGGAGAUUUAAGAAACAAAACCAAGCUUAGUCUGUCUGCCCUCAGAAUAACAAACAAAACUAACCUUGGUUUUGUUUGUUAUCUUGAGGACAGAGAGAGAGAGGGAGGAG